AUGACAAUUAGGGGUGGUGCAAUUGCAGUUCAUGCAGCACUGACCUGUCCUCAUACACUUGCAGGCGUUAUUGCUUUAUCAACAUGGCUCCCUUUAUCAACAACAUUUCCUGAGGCACUUGUAUCAGGUGAUAAAAAAAUUAAUUUACCUAUUAUUCAAUGUCAUGGUGAUCAAGAUCCAUUGGUUCAAUUAAGAUGGGCUCGACUUACUGAACAAGGUAUUAAAGCAAUGGGUUUUAAACAAUAUACAUUUAAAGAAUACAAUGAUAUGGGACAUUCAUCGUGUGGCCGGGAAAUGAAAGAUGUUAGUUCAUUUAUUGUACAACAUUUGCCAAGAAUAGAUUAA